UGAACAAGUGCCGUAUUGUCCAAUCAAUGAGUUGGCGGCGGAUCACAGCGGACCUGUGAGAGAGCAGUUUCUCGUGGAGAGGCAGAGGGAGGAACGCCAGCGUCGUACGUGGAGCCUGUGAGCAUCGCGGCGAGAGCGUCCAGCCAUUCACCGCAGAGACCACACUGAACUAACGUGACCAGACACUCACAGAUGAAUUUGAACGCGUCCUCUCGCUGAUUUUAUACGCUUUCGUUGUGUUCAUUUUUUUGUACUGGAGGGGAAAAACGGAGAGCGAGGCUUCACUGCGGCUGUUCAGUUUCCACUUCCAGACCUGGGAAUUACAAUGAAAAAUGUAGGUGACACGUUUUCUUUAACAGUCCAGGAAUCACAUUAGGAUCCCAGCGAAGACGGCGAAGAAGAAAGCAGGGGGAAAAUGAAAAUGGUGACGGGUGCCGCAUCUACAGGAUCAGCAUCCUCAGCGUGGAGCCCCCGGCUGACAGAAAACAGUGUGAACCUGUGACAGAAACGAAGACCUGAAGGAGCAGAGGAAAGGUGGACCACAUGGAGGCUUUCAGGAGGAUUUUCUCAGCUGCUUUCAAGGCCGAGGCUCCUCGCUAACUUGUCGCGCUGCUUUUCCACCCACUAUUUUUACUUACUCGUUGUUGUCGGGACAGAAGUCGCAGACCUCUUCCCUUCUCGUCUUCUGUGUUUGUUCGAAGCCAGACCAAAACCAGGUGCCAAACUGACUGUGUCAAGAGAAGAAGCAAAAAAAGAAAAAAAUCUCCCAAACCAACCAUCACCAGAUCGUCAUACGCACAGUUUAUUUAACCGUUUAGCUCCUUAAACCUGAUUCAGUAGAGUCCAGCUUUAUUUCUCUUCCGUCAUCCCACAUUAAAACAUCCUGCGUCCCGUUCAGAUCCUAUUUACUCUCAACACAUUCCUCUCAGCACACUGAAGAGAUGUUUUAGAAGACUGUCAAACUUAAAUCCAUCGUCUUCGGUCUGCAUGGUUGCUGCUCUUGGCGCUGAGGAGAGGUUUUUCGUACGAGGACUACGAUCAGUGCAUUAUUGGUUCAAAGUGCUUUAUAAACAGAUCCUCCAGCUGAUGCUUUCCUAGUAGUUGACAGAAGAGGCGCGUGGUAAGCAGCGAUAACUCGUCGCCGCGCUCUGACGCCGUCUGAAUACUUUAAGGCUUCGGCGGGAUGGCGUUUGACUGACAGGCAACGCAAGCCUCGUCUAACCCGGUAACUACAGGCACCGCCGCCGCCGCUGCUAUCUCAAAGGCUUGGAGAUACGCCGCCGUCUCAGUCUGCGCUGUGAAACACUGUUGACACUUUGCCUCCUUUUAUCUGCUUCUUCCAGUCGCUUAAAUGAGAGAGGCCUCUCGCUCUUUGUCGUCUUCGGUUUCUUCCGCACGUGGCGCUUGAUCACGUCACGCUGAACAGCCCGCCAGCCCCCCUUUAUCAAGUCCCAGUGACCUCUUCAACUUUUUUGCAUUCUUCCUUUUAUUCUACGAGAAACAUGCAACUGAAACCCUUUCACUGUAUUUUCUGUGGAAGGAGAUCGAGUUUGUAAAAGAGCAUAAGCUGAAGCCAUAGUGAACACCAGCCAUACAAAUACCUUUUACAUGUACAAGAACACCUCACGAUGUUUCAGACGUCUUCGGCAAAGUGAUCCUCGACCGCACGAGUGCGCACACACUCGUUCAGGGAGUCGCUGAAAAGGUUUCAUACGUUUGGAUGAGCGGACAGAUUGGCGGGUUGGGAUCGCACGCCGUACUGAAUCAGCGAGCGGACAGCGCGGCCGUGAACCUCGUGGAGCUCCCGUCGUCGUCCCGUGUCCCUCCGUGUUGACGGAUGAAUCCGGACAUUUUCAUGUCUGUUCUGUGGGCAGAACCUCGCUGCCCUGCUAGAACCGGGCCCAAGCCCUCCUUCGUCCUCUUCUGUUGGGCCAAACUAAAUUCAGAGCAGAGACACUCGCACAAGGGUAUCGAACGCACAUAGAUCCUCCUUUUUUAAAAAAAUCUUUUUCUUUCUGUGAUUUUGCCAGCAGUUUCUUGCUAUCUCACACUCUUUGUGAAUGCCUUGACGUGCUCAUUUACUGAACUCAUCUCUGUCCUCUAGUAGCUGCUGGAGGAACCUUUCUUAAACAUUUGAUGCUGCUUUAUGCUUUAACUUAGCAGUACUUUAUUAGUCAAACUGUUGAUACACACACACACACACUGUUAUUUCAAGGCUACUUACCUUUACCUUUGUUUGAUAGGAAGAGCUUUUUUAUUGGCAAAGGGUGAGCAAGAUGUCGAAGGACUAGAAAAUAAAGUAACAGCUUGUGCCAAAUUCAGACUUGACUUCCUCUCAGCUCGUUCUCUGAAGCUGCCAGCACUGUUGUUUACAGACACACACGGCUCCGAUAUUUGAUUUGAUUUGAAGAAACAGAACUUUUCCAUGUAUGAUUUUACACAUCAGUUAUCCACACAGGACAACAGAAGUGCCAAACCCAAACAAGACCACUUCAGCAUCUGUUACAGCUCAUCAAACGCGAACAGUAAAGUUUACAUACAACACUAAAUGUUUACAGACCACAUUUUUCAUUGCAGUUUCUCACGCGAAUCGCAACGGACGACCAGAAAACUCUUCAGCAGGAGAUAUAAGACUCUUAUUCUGGAGGAGUCGUUAUAUUGAAAGAGUUUACACUCAUUUUGUUUACAGAAAAUGUGAAAAAUGACUGCCAGAAUUUUGGCCAGUGGACUGUAAAAAGACGCUUUGUCAAACGACAAACCAAAAUUAAAUAUCGACACCUGCUGCCAGAAAGCAAACGGCAUUAUUCUGUGUUUCUGAUCGGUUAAAGCUUGCUUUUAAAUGAUUUCAGAACGACAGCCAUCUCACAGGCAGUUCGUAUAGGGCCUAAAAACUCUGAAAGACCUCAAUGUUUACAAAAGCUGCUUAUGGGAAGGAUUUUAACAUGGAGAGAAAUGUUUACAUGAAGAAGAAAGAGUGAAAUGCCAAACACCUUCACGACACAUUGCUUGAACAAAGUGAACCCCAAGAGAAACCCUUCGCUCCUGCGCACAAGCUGUUAAACAACAAAAACUCUGUGAUAAAACAAUGAAACCGACAAUUUCAAGAGGGACGUUUUCCUUGUCCCUUGCGCUCCUGCUCUCCUCCUGCCUGGCUGUUGCCACGCUAACCAUCACCACGCAGCGACGGGCUCUUGAUGGCGAUGCCAGGACUCUGAGCGCCGGCAGUAGUUCCGCCACACCUGGUAAAAGGAGCACCACCUUGUUCCUCCUGACUGGCUACAAGCCACCGCUGCCGCCGCUGCCCGCCGGACCCAAAGUGGCGCCGAAAGCAGCUGAAGUGGAGGAUGGAGGCGAUCCGCCAGUGGUGGCCGAGCUCCCUCCAAAGCCCCUCCCUCAGACCAUGUUGCCAAGGAACGUGACGGCCGACGCCCUGAAGCCUCCGCUCGGUGCGGCGCAGGUGGCUCCGCCUCCCAGACAGCUGGUGGAUGUGGACGUGUGCAGGGGUUACUACGACGUCAUGGGGCACUUCGACAGCACGUUCAACUGCUCCAAGGGCAGCUACAUCUACUGCUGCGGCACCUGCCACUACCGGUUCUGCUGCGAGCACCAGAGGAACCGGCUGGACCAGGAGUCCUGCAACAACUACAAGUCCCCCGACUGGGCCGACCCGCAGGUGCCCGUCACCGUGCCUGUGGGCAACAAGCCCGAUCCGGACUUUGAGACGCUGCAGCAGCAGAACAGCAGUACGGGCUAUGUGAUCGGAGGAGUGAUCUCAUUCACGCUGGUGGUGGCUGUGGGCGUCAGGAUCGCCUUCAGCAAGGUGGCUCGCCGACCUCGCAACAGGGACAUCAACAUGCCCAGAUCACUGGUGGAUAUCUUGCGUCACCAGUCGAGCCCGGUGCAGCAGGGAGAGAGGAACAACACCACAGUGUUGACCACCACCACCUCAGACGGACGGACGUCCAAAAACCUCUACACCCCCAUCCUGCAGAGCAAAGACAACCGCAAGCGCGGGCCUCGUAUGAACAACACCCCGCAGCUGUCCUCCGGCCCCACCCUUCUGUCAGGUAGCGGCAAAGGUCCCGGCGGCGGCGGAGUUGGCGGCGGUGGCAUCAUGGGCGGGGGCAUGAGACACAACAGCAGCCACCCUUCCUUCUCACACUCCUUCCACAACCUGGCGCAGCUGCCGCCGUCCUACGAGUUGGCCAUGAAACCUGAGAUCAGCCGCUACAGCUCCCUGAAGAGGCUGGAGAAAGAACUUGACGAGUACUCCAGCUACUACAGCUCCAAACGUCGCUCCACCAACGCUCCGCCCUCCUUCCACUCCUCACAGCACCACCUGCCCUGGGGAGGCGAGUACACGCUGGGAUCCAGGGGAACGCUGCCCCUCCACGGCUCCCGGCCUCACAUCCACAUCCCCGCCUCCACCCCGAACCCGUACCCGCUACCCGCCCAGACGCAGUACACCAGCUCCGCCUUCGACAGGCCGCCGCGCCGCGUCCGCUCCCAGGACCAGCUGCUCGCGCUCGGGGAGGGCAACACGCUGUCCCGCCUGUCCAAGAACCAGCAACACCAGUACUACAAAGCCAUGAUGAGCUCCAGCAGGGGCUCCAACUCACAGACGCUUCGCAGGUCCCAUGAGAGGCUUCUGGUCUCGCCUGACCGUCUGGAGGACCAGCUGUUGGCGAUGGGUCUGAUGGUCGGAGGAGGCGACAGAGGAGCGGUGCCCACCAUGGGCCGGCUCAGCCACCACCAGAAGGCCCAGUCACAGCAGAACAUCUGCGUCACGCCAUCCAUGGACCGUCACCACAUGAUCAAGAUGAACUCCCACCCGACGCCAGGCCACGACCACGAGCGCACCUCUGCCGCCGUGCCUGGGAUGGGCCUGCAAGGCGGCUGGGACAUGGGGACAGUCACCGGUCACCCCAACACCCGACGGAUGGCUUUUGCCAGCAAGAGGCAGAACACCAUCGAACAGCUGCACUUCAUCCCCGGAGGAGGAGGAGGAGGAGGAGUGCAGGGACUGCGGACUGGGAGUAAGAACGAGGUGACGGUGUGAGAGGAUGAGGGAGGAAAAGAGAGAGGAAGAGCAGAGAGGAGAAGGCUGUAGCUUGUAAAGAAGAGGCAGACAGUGGAAAGAGAGGUGGCGAGGGGACUGAGUGGGCAGAUAAAGCAGAGAGAUGAGCAGGAAAGGGAAAAAAAAUCGAGGAAGAGGUUUGAUCUCAGCUGGCUGCCUCACAGGGCUUCAAUCUGCCCUGAGAAACGAGCAGCAAACAGCCCCCCUCCCCUUCAUAAAGCAGAAAGUGGUGGAGACAACAGUAAUCUCAUAGUGAGUAUAGCCAAUUGAUUUUCUCCUGGCCACCUUGUGUACUGAAAAAGAGAAUAUUCAGCCAUGCUUUUUAAAGGGAAGGCAGAAAUGUCCACUUAAAAAGAGCAAAAAAUACCACAGGAGUGCAGUGUAAAGGCUGCUGGGUAUUCGCUGAGACUUUUAUUGAAGGAUACCCACUGAGUCAAAGUU